AUGGUCCUCUUCCCAUUACUAUUCUUACUCUUCUUCCGAAGAGUAGCCCAUACUCUCACGUUCCCUCCCUCCUCCUCCUCCACAACUACAGUACUCUUUUGUCUUCAACCAUUCGUGCCUGAAAACGCUCAUGUUAUAUUCAAUGAGCCCGGACCGUAUGCCAGAGAUACUGUCGCCAAGUACAGCUGCGCCUUGGGAUUUGACCUAAUCGGUUCAGAAGAGCGCACUUGUCUAUCCGAUGGCUCCUGGUCUGACGAACCGCCCAUUUGUGCAAUCGACGUGGCAUUCAACAAGCCAGUGACUCAAUCAUCCGGUAAUGUGGCGAUUGCACUCGGUGGCAAUAUGUGUACAAUGACUAAUGACGAGUCGAAGUCGUUUUGGGAAGUGGAUCUACUCGGGGAUUAUUCAAUACGGUCGUUAUCGAUGAGAUUGGGAACCAAGUCGAGUCCGAUUGUGUCGGUGGAGGCGAUUGAGACAGGCGGUGCGGUUCAUCAAUGCAUCGUGGACUCCUCCCUCUUCACAAUUAACACCACCACCUCGAUCAGUUGCUUAUACGACAAUAUCUCUCGUCUCCGAAUAACAGCCACUCGUCGUCUACAUCUCUGCCAAGUCAACGUAUACGCAGUGAAUGCCGUCUCGCCAUGGCAAUGUGCACAGAGUCAGAUGGAAGUUGUUGGAGUGUUUGGUGGGAUGUGUUAUGCUGCCAGCAGAGAUGAGCAGACCGACUGGUUGGGUGCACAGAGGAAAUGUUUGGAUAGAGGCUCCACACUCCCACUCCGUAUCGAUGACUCCACCAGACGGGGUCUCCGUGCCUCUCUCUCCGCCUCCUCAUCCGCCAAAGCCUUCUACUGGAUUGGCGCCUCUUCCUCAAUGACCGAAUGGCGAUGGGUUGAUGGUGAAGGAGUGGGGGACAGUGCCGAUUGGCCAGGUCAACCGUCCCCUAUCCCCUCUGCUUCUGAAGCUGUUCUCCUAGCCCGUCCACUCGAUUGGAAAUGGGUCCCCGCGUCUCAAACCGCGUGGAACUCGUUUCUUUGUCAAUCGAAACCGAAAUUUUGCACGUCGCCAGGUGUUGGAGAAGCGACGAAAGUCUCGUUCUCUUCUCAUUCAUAUGCGAUUGGAACGUUGUGUUUUUAUUCGUGUGAUGCUGGUUAUGAUCUACACGGGAUUAGACAGAGAGAGUGUGCAGAGAAUGGAAGAUGGACUGGAACGAUUCCCAAUUGUUUUAGAAAAUCGUGUGGUGCAGUGCGGCAAUGGAAGUUUGGAAGGAUCAAGCUCUUGAACAAAACCACUCUUUUUGAGAGUGAAGUUGAAUACGAAUGCUCAAACGGCUGGCACCUUGCCAACUCCCCCUCCCCCUCCUAUCGAUCACUUCGUCGAAUUUGUCAAUCCGACGGAACAUGGAGCAGUUCUGAGCCAACUUGUGAACUCGUCGAUUGUGGAAGACCGCCGCUUAUCGCGAAUGGAAGAGUUGACGUCGAAUCGACGACUUAUGAAUCGGUGGCCAAUUACACGUGUCAUCAAGGAUUCCGGCUAAUUGGACCGGAAUCGUUGAUGUGUGGAGAUAGAGGAGAAUGGCAACCGGCGACACCGUUUUGUUAUGACAUCGCAACCCUUCAAGAAAUCAAAGGCUCAACAUCGCAUGAACAGCAAAACGGAGGCGGAUCCGAUAGUACUAUCGCCAUGGCAGUCCUGGCUUCAGUUAUCGUAGCGAUUCUAUGUUACGGUAUCACGAAAUUCGCAAAAUCCACAAAUCACGGCACAAACGGGGAUUUAUCGAUAUCAAGGGACAAGUUGAAUGCAUCAAAUGCUGCAAUUUAUGCGACACCCUCGAUUCCACCACAACGACCGGAUUCCGUGAUUUACUACGCACCGACUGUGGCACAUAUGGAGGUACCUCCCCACCUCCUUCAACUCCAACAACUUCCCAACGGAAACAUCCACGUCACACUGCCAAUCGGGCGUCAAAUGGGCCGCCCAUCUCUUCCAUCAUCAAUGCUGUUCAACUCUUCAAUGCCACCUCCAUCACCGACUCCAUCUCAAAUAUUGUACUCAUUCGACCACGAACCGAUUUAUGACACUCCGCCCGAUACACACGUGUAUCAAUCUGAAAGUGUUUACGAACGUCUACCCGAUCGACCGGCACCUCCUCCUCCGAUUCCAAUCCGAGCGGAGAGUGGUGGAAAUGGAUGUGAUCUACCGCCACUUCCGCCACCGCCACCACGAUAG